CCUGAAGGGAAAGCAACACUACAGGAAAUGCAGCAGGGCAGAUUCCUGGCCGUCACAGCACAGGUAAGACACUUUGUAAUAGAUUAGAGCUGCAAUGAAUUGAUUUAUGUGAACAUACCUAAGUGAAACAGCAAUUGAUCACUUGUUGAGGACUUGAAAAACACGAGGGGUACUUUUGAAAGGGUUUCAUUCACCACUGUAUCCUGUCUGUCGCUGGUUUUAGUUUGGGGACUUGACUUGAAGCUGAAGUCAGAAGUCAAUGUGGCUUUAGAUGGUAUAUCACUGAGUUUAAAGGCUUUACUAUUUAAUGAUAUUACAGGAAGUGUACAUUGUUGAUCACAUCAUAGAUAGUUUGUAUUCAGUGCUGAUGUUUAUUUGAAACUGCUGAUUGUAGCUAAUUAUAACUUAAUUUCUCUAAUGAUUAUUGCAGCACCAGGGACCUUAAAGGGAAUCCAUUACUCUCAUGUCCUCACUAUAUAUAAAAUACAAUCCCUGAAUUAACUGUCUGUCUGUCCUUCUUGAUGGGAACUGUAUUUCCUGUGAGAUCAAUUAACCACAACCUAUUUGGCCACAGCUCUUUUAAAAUGGAGGGUUAAGGCCAUAAUCACAGAUCUUAGUCAUGGGUUUGUGUGAUGCGUCAUUUUGUAAUUGCCCAUUUACACUGAUAUUGCCUUAUUUGCCAAUUUACCAUCACUGACGAAAGCGCUGUUGCUGUUCAAACGGAUCCUUUUGUGUCCCUGCCAUGAUCACCUUAUCUGUAUGUCUAGUAGUUUUUCUCUGCCCGCUUUGUGCCUUAAUUGAUGAAAAGAUCAGCAAACUUUUGGUGGAAUGGACCAGUCUAAUGGCAGCAGCAGUGGUGGUUAUGGACCCCGUCCCCCUCCGUACAAUCAUCAGGAUUAUGGACAGAGUUCUUACACAGGGAUGAGCUAUCAGGUAGGGAAGGGCAACGUUGCAGUGGUCUCGCCUCCUGGCACCUAUGACAACAUGGUCCAACCUGACGGAGCUGGAGGCAUCCUGCAUGAUGGUGAAGCUCCACCUGACUACUCUUAUGGCUUAGAGGAUAGCAGCUUCAGUGAUGCUGCUGUGCGAAGAGGUUUCAUAAGGAAAGUCUACUUGACCCUGAUGAUUCAGCUGCUUGUGACAGUCGGGAUCAUCUGUGCUUUUCUUUAUUGCGACGCUCUCAGGAAAUGGACAUGGGCCAACUACUGGUUCUCCUACACCAUGAUGGCGGCGGUGAUGGUGCUCAUCGUGGCCUUGUCCUGCUGUGGCAACCUCCGUCGUCAAGUCCCCCUCAAUUUCAUUGCCCUGGGCCUGUUUACUGUGGCAGAGGGCCUGAUGCUUGGAUCUGUGGCAGUGUUCUUUGAUGCCGAAGCAGUUCUGUGGGCUGUGGGGGCAACAGCGCUGGUGUCCUUCGCCUUGACUCUGUUUGCUAUGCAGUCAAAGUGGGACUUCACCGCAGCAAAUGGGAGCCUGUGGGUGUUUGCCUGGACCCUCUUUUCAUUUGCAUUGCUUUGUGCAAUCCUGCGAUCACAGUAUGUUUACAUCGUAUACGCCUGCCUUGGAACCUUGCUCUUUUCCUUAUACUUGGUGUUUGAUACCCAGCUUAUCCUGGGUGGGAAACACAGGAGGUAUGAAGUCUCUCCCGAGGAGUACGUGUUUGCUGCUCUCAACCUCUAUUUGGACAUUGUCUCCCUGUUCCUCUUCCUCCUGCAGCUCAUCGGCCUCUGCCGCUAAAACUGAACCUCCAUGAAUGGCCUCCCUUAAGAAACUCUUUUGACAUACAUCUAAUUUUGAAGCGCAUCAUGUAUCUAGAUUCAUAUGGAAUGAAGAUUCACGCUGUUAGUUAUAAAGACUCUCUAUCAUGUCUAUAUAUAGACAUAGAGGUCUGUGAUGUGUCUUAGAUAGUUUUUAUUGUUAAAUGUCAGGAUUAAUGUUAUUAUGCUGUGGGCAAAAUGUGUGCUACUGGAGUUGUCCUAUCAAGUAUUUCUACCUAGAACUUUUAAUUCAUGUGCAUUUGUUUGGAAACUUUAAAGCAAUCAGAAAGAGGCAUAAAAAAUCAGCCAUUGAACUAGUAAUUUACAGUAGUAUGAUACUCUUGUUGAGAAGAUCAAUUUGUCCUGAAGCUUAAAGAUGCUUUUGAAAAAACUGAUUCCUGAAACCAAACUAACUCCAUUAAAAGACAGAACCUGUCGGCCUUCACACUCCCAUGAAA